AUGUCCAGGACUCAGAACUUUUCAGGACAGAAUCGUCCGUUAGCUGUUAGCGAGAGAAUCACCGACGACGACGACGACCGGCGGUACCAUCGAUCGACGCCUACCGCGAUGAUGUCGUCGUUGACGGUUCGGACCGCCGGUCCGUCGGUCGGUCGCACAUUCGACGAGGACCAUGAAAGAAGUGAUAAUUGCAGCCGAUCCAAUAGUCCGCAGCUGAACGAAUCUACCAACCAUCAUCACCAGGUGUCAAGCCGCUCGGCGACGGUAUCGGCGGCGCUUCGGAAUCGUGAAAAAAUGUCCCCGCUGUCGCUGUCGACCGGUGGCGGACCGCCGGUGGCCAGUCCAGCUGCAGCUGCAGCAGCCGCAGCCGCCGCCGCCCAGGUGCACCUGAACGGAACUAUGCAAGACAUGCUGAACCUGCAGAAGCUGCAGAGCCUGGCGCAGCUCACCAGCGGAGCGGCCGUUCUGCCAGGGCUAGGCCUGCCGACGGCCGGCCUUCCGUCGGCCGCAGCGUCCCUGCUUAGCAAUUCACCUCUGAACCUCAGCCUCGGAGCGCCGAGUCAUUCACCUGCGAUGGGAGCCCUGGCGGCUGCACCGCCCCAACCGCUGACCCCAGCCGCUCCCGCCCAGAUGCCCCAGCUGAUACUGGCCUCCGGGCAGAUUGUGCAGGGCAUCCAAGGGGCCCAGCUGCUGAUACCGACGGCACAAGGAAUCGCCACCCAGUCCAUCCUGGCCAUACCCGUGGGGCAACAAGUGAUUUCCAACGUGAGCAGCGAAAAUUUAUUGCAGUGUUUAAAUUUUAAUACCGCCGUCGCGAACAACAAUAACAACGCCAAUAAUAGCAGCUUCGCCAGUGAUAUGUUGAAUCAUCACCACCCCCACGCCCACGCACAUCCGCUGCACAGUGCGCACCAUCCGGGGAAUGCGGCCUUUGCGGCAGCAGCAGCGGCAGCAGCCGCAGCCGCCGCAGUGGCAACCCGCGAGUCACCGGUCACCGUUAAUAGUCCAAUCAGUACCACUAGCCUACUUACGAACCCACUGGCAUUGGCUGCGGCGGCAGUCGCCAGCAGCAACAAUCACCACCACCACCAUCAUCAUCUCCAUCAUCACCAGCAGCAGCAGCAGCAACAACAGCACCAGCAACAGCAGCAGCAACAAACCAAGCAUUUACACUUUAGCCACCAAUCACCGACGGCAUCGUCGUCCUCCGUCGGCGGCGGUAGUGGCCGAUCAACGACACCCUCGAUGACACUGCACUCUUCCGUCGGUCACGCGACGGUAGACAAGAUCCGGAGUUUGUCCGCUCUCGAGAAGGCACCGUCGGAACGAUCCACACCGGAACUGCAUCGGAUUCGGUUGGAAUCACCGAAGCAGGCUGCAUCGCCCAUUUCAUCGUCGGCCGUCGCACAUCAAUCGAGCGGUUCGCGACCACCGAGUGGUAGCUUCACGUCCGUGUUCGAGAAAAGCCCGCAAACCAACAAACGGAAUCUAUCGCCCAGUAUAGCGCCCUGCACCGUGAGCAACAGCAAUAGUAGUAACAGUAGCAACAGCAGUUGUAGCAGCGGUAAUAGUAAUGGUAGUUUGAUGAGCGGAAUCAACCACACUAGCAAUAGUUGCAACAACCCUAACAACGUCAACAACAGUUGCAGUAGUUCCAGUAAUAAUAACAACAACAACAACAACGGAUUAGGUCAGAUUCAUGUCAGUAAAAAUUUAACGCUCAGCCCGCAGCAUCAUUCACCGUCGGAGAGUGCAAUCAGUAGAAUUACCACGUCGAACGGCGAAAUCACGGUAACCAAGUCACAGGCGCCUCCCACUCCGCCCCUAUCAGUACAAAAGAAUCAUCCCGCAUCGAUGCACUUCAAUCCAUCCAUCUCGCCGCAGCCUUUGGUCCAUCACGCGAGAGAUCAACAUUCGCCGCAAUCCGUCGCUGCAGCCGUCUGCUCUUCGUCGUCUGCCCUCUCGGUGGAUAAUCAUCUGCAGCAGAGGGAGCACAAACCGUGCGUCUCCUCUGUCGGUGGUUCUAGUGCGGUUCCCACCGGCGGCGGUAGCAGCACGCCAGGCGUAAUUUCGCUCACCUUAGAUGACAUGGAGCAGAAGAUUUCCCCCCACUCGGCUGGGUCCUCCUCCGGCAAGCGGCAUCGAAGUUUGACGCCUCCACCACGGAAGCGCACUCCAACCGAGUCGGUCCCGCUGUCGCAACGCGACGACGGUGACGACGAGGACGAGGACAACAAUUCCAACCUGAACAAUGAGCUGGAAGACUCACCAAAUGAGCUGACGAUCAACCAAACCAACUGCAACGUGGUGGACGGUAUCGACCUGGACGACAUCAAGGAGUUUGCGAAAGCCUUCAAACUGCGCCGGCUGUCGCUGGGGCUCACCCAAACCCAAGUAGGCCAAGCGCUGUCGGUGACCGAGGGACCCGCCUACAGUCAGAGUGCCAUCUGCAGUGCUCUUGCCGCCCAGAUGUACUGCGCGGCACAACUGUCGUCCCAGCAGCAGCAAAUGUUUGAAAAGUUAGACAUUACUCCCAAAAGUGCACAAAAGAUCAAACCCGUGCUGGAACGCUGGAUGAAGGAAGCCGAGGAGAGUCACUCUUCGCGGUACAAGUCCGGCCAGAACCAUCUGACCGAUUUUAUCGGUGUGGAACCAUCGAAGAAGCGGAAAAGAAGGACCUCCUUUACGCCGCAGGCGCUGGAACUGCUGAACGGUCACUUCGAAAGGAACACGCAUCCGUCCGGCACGGAAAUCACCGGUCUGGCGCACCAGCUGGGCUACGAGCGUGAAGUGAUUCGGAUUUGGUUCUGCAACAAGCGUCAGGCGCUGAAAAAUACCGUACGAAUGAUGUCUAAAAAUUUCAAAAUGGAAAGCUCCUAAGCAGUGGCAAACCUUCCGGCUGCUAAGUUUCUGAAGUACACGCAGAGUUAUGUGCCAUGUUCACUGGAAGAAGUCAACCGGAAAACCGGCGCAAAUUGUAGGCUAAUUUUACGUUUCGAUCGGAACACAUUGUGUUUGCUACAGCCAAAGGCAAACCAAUCAGCCGGAGUUUAAUAUUCAUCAAUAAGUCUAAGGAAAAAAAAUGAAAGAUUCGUAUUUCAGCUUAAUUUUCUUAUUAAGUAAAAAAAU